AUGGGGUCCAUCACAGUGGAAACUUUGUCUGUACCGGAAUUCCUGGAGCACAAGUAUGCAGCAGAGCGGGACAAGCGUCUUCGCAGUGACGGAAAUGCGCAGUAUCUUAAUCUCAUUGAUUCAGACCGUUUCCAGCACCUCGAGGAAGACCCAUGGGUGGAUCAUGCAACACUCAAUGCCCAGGCGCCUGUGAUGACCGAUGGAUCUUCUUGCAAAGUCUUUAUACUGGGUGGCGGAUACAGCGGGCUAGUCUACGCUGCUCGACUUAUCCAAGCAGGGUUCGACGCCGACGAUAUUCGACUGGCUGAUCGCGCUGGCGGCUUUGGCGGAACCUGGUACUGGAACCGAUAUCCUGGAUUGAUGUGUGAUAUUGAAAGUUAUAUCUAUCUCCCUCUACUUGAGGAAACCGGCUAUAUACCAAAACACAAAUACUCCUAUGGCCCGGAGUUGCUUGAGCAUGCCAAAAGAGUUGCUACGCAGUUCCACCUCACGGAUAAAGCGCUCUUCCGAACGACUAUAAAGAGCAUGGAAUGGAAUGCAGCGCAAAAACGGUGGCUCGUCAGCAUGGCGCAAAAUCGAGGCCCAGGUCAAGUGUGUUUAACGCUGACAAUUCAGGCACAGUUUGUGAUCAUCGCUCCAGGCAUCUUGAAUCAUCCUAAGGUGCCAGAUAUUUCAGGACUGGACGAGUUCCAAGGGCAUGGGUUCCACACUGCGCGCUGGGACUACAGUUACACUGGUGGUUCACCCAGUGAGCCAGCAUUGACCGGCUUGAAAGACAAGAGAGUGGGUAUCGUCGGCACCGGAGCAACCGCAAUUCAAGCCAUCCCACAGCUCGCAAAUGGGGCAAAAGAGCUCUAUGUCUUCCAAAGGACGCCAGCGAGGGUAGAUGUCCGAAAUCAAAUGGCGACCGACGAAGCCGUGUGGAUUAGCAAAAUUGCUGGCAAACCCGGGUGGCAACUAGCACGGCGGCGGAACUUCAAUGCAGCCCUCGCGGGGGUUUUGGUUGAAGAGGACCUGGUCGCUGAUGGAUGGUGCGCAACACCCUCCGCAGCAGCUAGUUUGGGCAGUCCCGUGAAAGGAAUCAUCUCGCCAGAUAGAGUGAAGGACCAUGUCGCCGAAGUCUAUGCCAUGGACCAGGAGAGUUCUGAAAGGGUUCGUGCACGCGUGGGAUCGAUCUUCAAGAAUCCUGAAACCGCAGAGAAACUAAAAGCAUGGUAUCCUGCAUGGUGCAAGAGGCCGGGGUUCCACGACGAAUAUCUCGCUUCCUUCAAUCAGAGUAACGUUCACCUUGUGGACACUGAUGGCAAAGGUAUCGAGCGGCUCAACCGGAGCGGCCUCAUUGCUAACGGAAAGCAAUAUGAUGUUGACCUUUUGCUUUUCGGCACGGGAUACCAGGCCCCAGCCGCACACAGCGGGAGCCCUGCGGCCGCCGCAAAAAUCACCAUCGCCGGACGGGAAGGCAGGUCCCUGGAGGAAAAGUAUCUCUCUUGCGGGGUGUCCACACUUCACGGGAUCAGCUCGCACGGCUUCCCGAAUCUAUUUUUCUUCGGCACAUCGCAGGCUGCCUCUGCUUUCAACAUCGUCUGCAUGGUCGAUGUGCAGGCCCAACAUAUUGCAUAUAUUCUGACCGAAGCAACGCGCCAGCAUGACCAUGCGGUCGUCGAAGUCACAAAGGAAGCAGAGGAGGAGUGGGCCGCUGAGAUCGUCAAACGAGCCGCUUGGUUCGUGGUCAUGCUUGGCUGUACGCCGAGUUGGCUGAACGGAGAGGGUGCAGGCUCCAAAGAGAACAGUGAUGCGCGUGGACAAGUGAAGGAAGCCAGAUCUGCGCCUUGGGGGGAAGGAUUUCGCAGCUACGAAGACGUCCUCAAGUGCUGGCGCGCUCAAGGCGAUCUAAGAGGCAUAAGUAUAUCUGGUUGA